ACCAGUAUACACCUUUUGGCCAACUUCAAGGAUCAGCUUAUGUGCUGUGGUGGACCACGAUCAGGUUCCAGUGGGCCCGAGAAGCAGGAAGGGAUGAUGGGAGAGCCACUCUUUCAACGGGAACUUAAAGAAUUGAUAUGGUGGGAUGGAGAAAAUGAGAAGAACAGUCAUCUAAAAAUCGCCAUCGGUGAAGUGAUGAAGAACAUUUGCUGGCUGAUUCUGAAACUCGUCCGUGUUGCGACUCUUGGCUGCACAUGGAUUUCUGUGGUACAGUGCACAGUUUUAAACGGCUGCCUAAAGUCAUGUGUAACUAACCUGGGCCGGCAGCUUGACAUUGGCGCGCCAUAUAACCUGAGUGGACCGUGCAUCCAAGGAUGUCAUUUUUGGAACUCUGUAGAUCAGGAAAAUUGUGCUUUAAAGUGUAACGAUACCUACGCCACUGUUUGUGAGCGAGAAUCCUGUGAGGUCGGCUGCAGCAGCGCGAAAGUUGCCUUCGAGGAGGAAGUGCUAGAAAAUGCAGAUUUCCCCACUGCACCCUUUGCUUCUUCCAUUGGAAGCCAUGCUGUGACCUUACGAUGGAAACCUGCCAACAUCUCUGGAGUAAAAUACAUCAUUCAGUGGAAAUACGCACAACUUCCUGGAAGCUGGACUUAUACUGAGGCGGUGUCCAAGCUCUCCUACGCCGUAGAGCCCCUGCACCCCUUCACGGAGUAUAUCUUCCGAGUGGUCUGGAUCUUCACAGCGCAGCUGCAGCUGUGCUCUCUGUCAAGUCCCAGUUACAGGACUCAUCCUGACGGAGUUCCUGAGACUGCUCCUUCCAUUAGAAAUAUCGAGAGCUCGAGUCCCGACACUGUGGAAGUCAGUUGGGCUCCACCCCAAUUCCCAGGAGGACCUAUUUUGGGUUAUAACUUAAGGCUGAUCAGCAAAAAUCAACAAUUAGAUGCAGGAACACAGAGAACCAGUUUCCAGUUUUACUCCACUCUACCAAAUACCACCUACAGGUUUUCCGUCGCGGCAGUAAAUGAAGUUGGUGAGGGGCCGGAAGCGGAAUCUAGUAUUACCACUUUAUCCUCAACAGUUCAAGAAGAGGAACAGUGGCUCUUUUUAUCCAGAAAAGCUUCUCUAAGAAAGAGAUCUUUAAAACAUUUAGUAGAUGAAGCACAUUGCCUCCAGUCAGAUGCUAUACACCAUAAUAUCAGAGGAAUAUCAGUUAAUGUCCACGAGCAAGUUGUUUAUUUCUCGGAAGGGUCUCUCAUAUGGAUGAAAGAGGCUGCCAACAUGUCUGAUGUGUCUGACCUGAGAAUUUUUUACAGAGGUUCAGGAUUAAUUUCUUCCAUCUCUGUUGACUGGCUUUAUCAGAGAAUGUAUUUCAUCAUGGAUGAACUGGUGUAUGUCUGUGAUUUAGGAAACUGCUCAAACGUUGAGGAAAUUACUCCUCCCUCAAUUACUGCACCUCAGAAAAUUGUGGCUGAUUCGUACAAUGGGUAUGUCUUUUAUCUCCUGAAAGAUGGCAUCUAUAGAGUGGAUCUCCCCGUGCCAUCUGGUCGGGACUCGGAAGCCCUGCGUAUUGUGGAGAGUUGCGUGUUAAAGGACUUUGCAGUGAAACCACAGUCCAAAAGAAUCAUUUACUUCAAUGACACCGCUCAUGUCUUCAUGUCAACGUUUCUGGACGGUUCUGCUUCCCAUCUUAUCCUAGCUCAUGUCUCCUUUGCUGAUGUGAAGAGCUUUGCUUGUGAAAACAAUGACUUCCUUGUCACAGAUGGCAAGGCUGUUUUCCAGCAGGACUCUCUGUCUUUUAAUGAGUUCAUCGUGGGAUGUGACCUGAGUCACAUAGAAGAGUUUGGAUUUGGUAACCUGGUCAUCUUCGGCUCCAACGUCCAGCCGCACCCGUUGCCGGGCCGCCCGCAGCAGCUCUCCGUGCUCUUUGGCUCCCACCAGGCCCUGGCUCAGUGGAAGCCCCCCGCCCUUGCCAUAGGAGCCAGCCCCUCUGCCUGGCAGAACUGGAUUUAUGAGGUGAAAGUAUCAAUGCAAGACUUUCCUGAAACCACUCAUGUUUUCUCGAACAUCAGUGGGACCAUGCUUCGUGUGCCCGAGCUGCAGAGCGCUACGAAAUACAUGGUUUCCGUGAGAGCCAGUUCUCCCAAGGGGCCGGGCCCUUGGUCAGAGCCGUCGGUGGGUACUACCCUGGUGCCAGCUUCAGAACCACCAUUUAUCAUGGCUGUGAAAGAAGAUGGUCUUUGGAGUAAGCCAUUGAAUAGCUUUGGCCCAGGAGAAUUCUUAUCCUCUGAUAUAGGAAAUGUGUCAGAUAUACAAAGGCAGUCUCUGUUGACAGGGCACACAGACAUCGUGACUCAUGUGAAGUUGUUGGUGAAUGACAUGGUGGUGGAUGCAGUUGGGGGUUUUCUCUAUUGGACCACAUUAUACUCAGUGGAAAGCACCAGGCUAAAUGGAGAAAGUUCCCUUAUACUACAGGCACAGCCUUGGAUUUCUGGGAAAAAGGUAAUUGCUCUAACUUUAGACCUUAGCGAUGGGCUCCUGUAUUGGUUGGUUCAAGACAGUCAAUGUAUUCACUUGUACGCAGCUGUUCUUCGGGGGCAGAGCUCUGGGGAGCCCCACAUCACAGAAUUUGCAGCCUGGAGUACUUCGGAAAUUUCCCAGAAUACACUGAUGUACUAUAGUGGUCGGCUUUUCUGGAUCAACGGCUUUAGGAUUAUCACAGCUCAGGAAAUAGGUCAGAGAGCCAGUGUCUCUGUUUUGGAACCAGCCAGAUUUAACCAGUUCACGAUUAUUCAGCCAUCCCUCAAGCCUCUGCCAGGCAACUUUUCCGUUACCCCCAAGGUUAUCCCAGAUACUGUGCAAGAAUCUUCAUUUAGGAUCGAAGGGAAUGCUUCAAGUUUUCAGAUCCUGUGGAAUGCUCCCCCAGCAGUGGAUUGGGGUGUAAUUUUCUACAGUGUGGAAUUCAGUUCUCAUUCUAAGCUUCUGGCUAGUGAACAACAGCUUUUACCUGUAUUUACUGUGGAAGGCCUGGAGCCCUACGCCUUCUUUAAUCUCUCUGUCACUCCUUAUACGUACUGGGGAAAAGGCCCCAAAACAUCUCUGUCACUUCGAGCACCUGAAACAGUUCCAUCGGCCCCACAGAACCCCAGGAUAUUUGUAUUGCCAAGUGGAAAAUACCAUAACCAGAAAGAAGUUGUGGUGGAAUUUCGAUGGAAUAAGCCUAAGCAUGAAAACGGUGUGUUAACAAGAUUUGAAAUUCUCUAUCGAAUAUCCAACCAGACAGACACAAAUGAAACAUUCGAAGACUGGAUCACUGUCAACGCAGCUCCCUCGGAGAUGUCUUUUCAGCUUGAAGGCAUGAGUCCUGGGUACACCAUCGCCUUCCAGGUUCGAGUCUUCACAUCCAAAGGACCUGGACCAUUUUCUGACAUAGUGAAGUCCAAAACAUCAGAAAUCAACCCAUUUCCGUACCUCAUAACUCUUUUUGACAGCAAGAUAGUUUUGUUAGAUAUGGAUCAAAAUCAGAUUGUAUGGACAUUUUCAACAGAAAGAGACAUCAAUAGCGUGGGCUACACAGCUGAUGACGGAAUGGGGUACUAUGCUCAAGGAGACUCACUCUGCCUUCUGAACAUGCACAACAGGUCCACUUCCGAGAUUUUCCGAGAUGCACUGGUUUUUGAUGUCACAAUUAUUGCAGUUGACUGGAUUUCAAGGCAUCUCUACUUUGUGCGAAAAGCAUCACAAAAUGGAAUGCAAAUAUUUGAUGUUGAUCUUGAACACAAGGUGAAAUACCCCAGAAAGCUGAAAAUUUGCAAUAGAAAUUCAACAAUAGUCUCUUUUUCUGUAUAUCCUCUUUUAAGUCGCCUGUAUUGGACAGAAGUUUCCGAUUUUGGCUCUCAGAUGUUCUACUACAGUAUUAUCAACGAGACCUUGAGUCACAUUCUUCCACCCAUAGCCACAAACCAUUCAAAUGGAAGGAGACAGUGUUUUUGUGGUGUUACUCAAUUCGAGUUUAAUGGAACAAUGACGGUUGAUACCUCUGACCUGAAGAAACCACAGAUAUACUUUGUCAAAGGGCAAGAGAUCUGGGCCAUGGAUCUGGAAGGAUGUCAGUGUUGGCAAGUUAUCAUUCUGCCUGCAGGAAAAACACUUGAAAGCUUAACUGUGGAUGGGGAAUUUCUGUACUGGAUCUUCUCCGCAAAGGACAGCACACAGAUUUAUCAAGCAAAGAAAAGCAAUGGGGCCAUCCUCUCUCAGGUGAAGGCCCAAAGGAGUAAGCGUAUAUUGGCUUACAGUUCGGCUCUGCAGCCUUUUCCGGAUAAAGCAUUACUGCGUCUAGCUUCAGAUAUAGCAGAGCCAAUUAUACUUAACACCACUAACACCAGCCUCACAAUCAGAUUGCCGCCCACCAGGACCAACCUCUCAUGGCCCGGCUUCACCAGCCCUACUCCAACAUACCUGGUUUAUUACAAAGAAGUUAAUGGCAGGAAAACCAGCUCUGAGCUGAAAUAUAAAAUGCUGGAGUUUCAGGACAGUGUAGUCCUUAUUGACGGUUUACAACCAUUUUCAACGUAUGUGAUACAGACAGCUGUAAAGAAUUAUUACUCAGACCCUGUGGAACGGUUACCUCUGGGAAAAGAGAUUUGGGGAAAAACUAAAACUGGAGUGCCCGAGGCAGUGAGGCUCAUUAACGCAACCGUGCAUUCAGACACCAGCCUCCUCGUGUCCUGGAGAGAAUCUCACAAGCCAAAUGGACCUAAAGAGUCCGUCCGCUAUCAGUUGGUAAUCUCGCAUCUGGCUCUCAUCCCAGAGACUCCUCUAAGACAAAGUGAAUAUCCAAAUGGAAGACUUGCUCUCCUUGUCACUAGAUUGUCCGGUGGAAAGCUCUAUGUAUUAAAGGUUCUGGCCUGCCAUGCUGAGGAGCUGUGGUGUGCUGAGAGUCAUCCUGUCACUGUCCACAUGUUUGACACACCAGAGAGACCGUUUUCUUUGGUCCCAGGGAACACCAGCUUGCAGUUAGAUUGGAAGGCUCCGUCUGAUGUUCACCUCAUCAGAUUUUGGUUUGAACUCCAGAAGGGGAAGGACAAUGAGUUUUCCCGUGUUAACACUUCGUGCGUCCACGGCCCGGCUUACGUCUGUAACAUCACAGACCUGCAGGCUUACACGCGCUAUGCCGUCCGCGUGGUGGUGGUUUAUAGGACAGGAGAAAACAGCACCUCACUCCCCGAAAGCUUUAAGACACAAGCUGGAGUCCCAAGUAAACCAGGCAUUCCAAAAGUAUUAGAAGGGAGCAAAGAUUCAAUACAGUGGGAAAAAGCUGAAGAUAACGGAAGCCGGCUUCUGUACUAUGUCCUUGAGAUCAGAACAGGAAUUUCAAAUGAUUCACAGAACCAGAAUUUAAAGUGGAAGAUGGCAUUUAAUGGAUCUUGCAGUAGUAUUUGCACAUGGAAGUCCAAAAACCUGAAAGGAACCUUUCAGUUCAGAGUAGUAGCUGCAAAUAAUCUGGGAUUUGGUGACUAUAGUGGAAUCAGUGAGAAUAUUAUAUUAGUUGGAGAUGGUUUUUGGAUACCAGAAACAAGCUUUGUACUUACGAUUAUAAUUGGAAUAUUUCUGGUUGUUACAAUCCCAGUGGUUUUUGUCUGGCACAGAAAAUUAAAGAAUCAAAAAACUCCCAAGGAAGGGCUGACGGGUCUCAUCAACGAAGACAAAGAGCUGGCUGAGCUUCGCGGUCUGGCCGUGGGAGUAGGGCUGGCUAAUGCCUGCUAUGCCGUACAUACUCUUCCAACCCAAGAGGAGAUUGAAAGACUGCCUGCCUUCCCUCGGGAAAAACUGACUCUGCGCCUCUUGUUGGGAAGUGGGGCCUUUGGAGAAGUGUAUGAAGGGACAGCAGUAGACAUCUUAGGAGCUGGAAGCGGAGAAACCAAAGUAGCAGUGAAGACUUUGAAGAAGGGCUCCACAGACCAGGAGAAGAUUGAAUUCCUAAAAGAGGCACAUCUGAUGAGCAGGUUUAACCAUCCCAACAUUCUGAAGCAGCUUGGAGUUUGUCUGCUGAAUGAGCCCCAGUACAUUAUCCUGGAACUGAUGGAAGGAGGAGACCUUCUCACCUAUUUGCGUAAAGCCCGGAUGACGACGUUUCACGGUCCUUUACUCACCUUGGCUGACCUUGUAGAUCUGUGUGUAGAUAUUUCAAAAGGUUGUGUCUACUUGGAGCAGAUGCACUUCAUUCACAGGGAUCUGGCAGCCCGGAAUUGCCUUGUGUCCAUGAAAGAUUAUACCAGUCCAUCACGGGUAGUGAAGAUUGGGGACUUUGGACUCGCGAGAGACAUCUAUAAAAAUGACUACUAUAGAAAGACAGGGGAAGGCCUACUCCCUGUUCGGUGGAUGGCUCCAGAAAGUUUGAUGGAUGGAAUCUUCACUACUCAGUCUGAUGUAUGGUCUUUUGGAAUUCUGAUUUGGGAGAUUUUAACUCUUGGUCAUCAGCCUUAUCCAACUCACUCCAACCUUGAUGUUUUAAACUAUGUGCAAACAGGAGGGAGACUGGAGCCACCGAGAAAUUGCCCUGAUGAUUUGUGGAAUCUGUUGACCCAGUGCUGGGCUCAAGAACCUGACCAAAGACCUACUUUCCACAAAAUUCAAGACCAGCUGGAGUUAUUCAGAAAUGUUUCCUUAAAUAGUAUUUCUCAAUGCAGAGAAGAAGCAGACCCCAGUGGAAUCAUAAAUGAAGGCUUUGAAGAUGAAGAUGGCGGUGUGAUCUGUUUGAAUUCAGGUGACGUUAUGCCAAUAGCCUUAACGGAAACCAAGAACCAAGAAGGGUUAAACUAUAUGGUACUUGCUACAGGAUGUAGCCAAGGCAAAGAAAAUUCUGAGGGUCCUCUAGGCUCCAAGGAAUCUGAAUCUUGUGGUCUGAGGAAAGAAGAGAAGCAACCACAUGCGGACAAAGAUGUCUGCCAAGAAAAACAAGUGGCUUACUGCCCUCCUGGCAAGACUGAAGGCCUGAACUAUGCCCGUCUCACUCACAGUGGAUAUAGAGAUGGGUCUGAUUAAUAGCUCUGUUUGGGAAAUGCGGAGUUGAGUUAAACACUCCCAUUAAGUAGUUACUGAAAGAAAACCCAAGUAGAAUGACAGAUGAGGUGGUAGUCUAUGCCUCCAAAUUAACACUUAAAAGUUCCUGAAUUCUGAAUUCUGAAUUCUUGGUUCCAAGAACCAAUUGAUUUCAGUUGUGACAAUCCCCAUAACAACUGCCUAACCUUCAGCAGAAUUCUCAAGUGAACCACUAGACAUUUGGAAAGCUUAGGAAGACUCAAGAAUCUGGAAGGAAACUGCCCACCCCCCUUGAGGCCCCUUUGUCUGUUGCCCACCCUUCAGUCUGGGCCGCACCAGAAGCACCUUGGUUAGAUGGUGAGAGACAACAUAGCUAUGUUCAGGGACCUGAAGGAGAGGGGUGAGAAGAAUGCUCAGGGGGCCGACUGAGCUACAGAUUACCCCCAAAGGG